UUUCGUUGCCCUUGUGUUUUUUGUAGCUCUUUGUAUUUGACUCCAUUGCCGCUGAUGUUGCCACUCCUUCUGGAGGCUGCUAAAAACUGGCAAUGGAGCCGAAGCAGCAGGAUCAGGCCCAAAAACGGGACGAUCCUGGCGACCACAAUGAGCCGCUGACCAUAGCCCAGUCCAUCACCUCGUUCUACAUCUAUAAUCCCUAUGAGAAGCGAAGCGUGGAGGUGCCAUUGACCAAUUGCGAUGCCUUUAUUUCCCUGCUGAAAUGUGUGAUUGGAACGGGAAUCCUGGCGAUGCCGUUGGCAUUCCGCUGCUCGGGAUUCGUGGUGGGGGCCGUGAUGUCCAUCCUGCUGAUGAUCCUCCUGACCUACUCCAUCCACUUGCUGAUAUCUGGAAUGACCGAGUGCUGUCGGAGGCGACAAGUUCCACAGGUUUCCAUGCCGGAAGCGGUGAGAAUCGCCUACGAGGAUGGUCCAAAGUGGGUGCAGUGCUUCGGACGAACUGCCGGAUUUCUGACCUCCUGCGUUCUGGUCUUCGGACAGUUCCUGUUGUGCACCGUUUACCUGGUUUUCGUGGCCAAGAACUUCAAGGAGAUCGGUGACUAUUAUGGGGAUAAGUACAACGAGCGGUAUUAUGUUUUGGGCGCUUGUUUGCUGCUCCUGCCGCUCUUCAUGAUCCGCCGUCUGAAGUAUCUGGUGCCCUUGAAUUUGGUUUCCAACUUCUUCCUAUAUGCUGGAUUUGCCCUGAUUAUGUACUAUUUGUUUAGUGGUCUGCCCGAUAUUAAAGAUCGCGAGUUGAGCACGCCUCCAGUCGAAUGGAUUGAAUUCUUUUCCAUCGCCGCUUUUUCACUUACAGCUGUGGGUUCUAUGUUGGUCGUCGAGGCCCACAUGGCGCACCCGCAGAGCUAUCUGGGAAUCUUUGGAGUCCUUAACCUGGCUGUAUUCUUCAUCCUGCUUUCCAACAUCUUUUUUGGUAUAAUCGGAUAUUGGCGGUUUGGCGAAAGUGUCGAAGCCAGCAUCACCCUGAACAUUCCCAAGAACGAAAUCCUUUCCCAGGUCAUCAAGGUUUUCAUAGCCUCGGGAAUUUUUCUCAGUUAUCCGUUGAAUGGCUUUGUGGUGAUCACUGUAAUAUUUAGCGACUAUAGCAACUCCCCAGAAAGAGGCAAGCAUCAAACUUUGAUUGAGUACAUAGUGCGCCUAACCUUUUUGUUGCUGACAGGUGCUGUGGCUGUGGGAGUGCCCAAUUUGGCUGCCCUCACGGAAUUGGAAGGCGCUUUUUCGCUGAGUAAUCUGAACCUUUUUUGCCCGGCCUUGAUCGACUUAUUCUUGAAUUACGACUCAGGAUAUGGCCGACUGAUGUGGAAGCUGAUUCGCGAUAUACUGCUCAUACUAAUUGGUCUGAUAUUCGGCACAGUGGGUUGCACAGUGGCCAUGAUACAGCUGAUCCACGAUUUUCGGCUGACGGUCAGCAACAUGUAGGGGAAAUGUACUUUUAUUUGGAAUGUUUCCCAGCUUC